AUGAUGCGAACAGCUGGAAGACUCGAAGACUUUGUGCGUCGUCGCACUGCUGAACGUGAUGCAAGGGAGGCCUAUUUGCGUGGUCGGGCUGCUGAACGUGCCAUUGUUGAAGCUGGACAAGAGAUUCUGGUGGUGGAACAAGACGCUAGAGAACGCGAUGACUCAAGCUUUCACUGUUGCAGUUUGGUCUUGUGGGAUAAUCUUGAUCAGACUCGUACGAUGGAGAAAACCCUUCGAAAAGUCUGUGGAUGGAAGGACCCCCUUUUUGAUUGGUUGUUCUGUACUUUGGGUGGACUGACAGUUCUCCACUGGUUCGCCAGUUGGUGCAAUGGUCCCAGCUUCACCGCGUAUGAUGGAUUCCCCUUUCCCGACUCUCCAUAUGGUUGGGCUAGUUGCGAUUCGGAGACCAAAAGAUGGACCGAUGGAAGCCCCAGUUCUCGAAUGCUGGUCAAGACAAACAAGGAUGCCAUUUUCAUGACCUUCAACAAGGCCAUCAACAAGAGGGGUUUUCUUGCUGAUUUGUGCGAAGCAAAUCAAAAGAGUGGAGGGAUCUGGACGCCCGAGAUUGUCAGGCGUAGAUUCCAGUUUUCUUUGGAGAAGGAUGUCUUGCCAGGGGUCCGUGGCAGACUAUGCGACAGUAUGAGAAGGAACACAAAAAAGAGGAUGAACCAGAAGACAACGAAGCGGGACCGGAUGAUGAUGACAUGA